UGCAGCAGACGUAAUUUUAUAACGGACUUGUGAUACCGUUGCUUGUUGAUAAACAGUAUUAGUUUAGUUGUCUAGCGUGUCGGUAGUGCUCAAGCGUUUCAUUUUGUACAGCUCAUUAUCUCACUCAUUUGCGGCCCAAGUGUGGACAUAAUAUAACUGAGUUACAAUGAUAAUAAACAAUAACGUUGUUACGACAGGCCCGGCGCUAAAUGUGCCUGGCCACUUGUCUUUCGGCCAGUAUGCAAUAGACAAAUUGAGACUACACUGCGAAGGAGAAGAUGCUGUAGCUCUGAUUAAUGGAGAUACCAAUCAGAAAAUAUUCUUCAGACAGAUAUUGCAAGAAACUGUCAAUGUGGCGACGGGACUUAAACGACUGGGAGUGCGACGUGGCGAUGUGGUCGCCUUGUGCAGUGAGAACAUAGACGAGUUCCUCUUCGCUGCCCUGGCCACCAUCUGCUGCGGUGCCACCCUCACCACCUACAACGUAAUGUACACCAAAGAUGAAAUGACGCACGUGCUAAAUAUAUCACGACCAAAAAUUAUAUUCGCUUCGGAAUUGGGACUGAAGCAGAAUUUGGAUAUAUUUAAAUCAAAUUCCAGUAUUGAGAAAGUGAUACAAUUGAAUGGCAAACCUAUUGCGGGCAGUGUUAUUGACUUCAAGAGUGUCGGAGUGCAGGUGAACCCGUAUGAAUACGAAGCAGAAGAAGUCCAGGGCUGGUCGGACGUCGCCUACAUACUGUACUCAUCAGGCACUACCGGACUGCCCAAGGGAGUCAUGCUCACGCACCUCAACGUGCUCUACUCUGCGUCCAGUUUUGAAGCAGAGUCUAACCCACUGGAAAUUUUACUGACGAUAGUGCCAUGGUACCACGCCUAUGGUUUAAUGUCAACUAUCAAUUAUAUUCUGAUUAAGAAGAAGCUGGUUUAUUUGAAUGGAUUUAACCCUCUCAAGUAUUUGAGCGCUAUACAGGAAUACAAAGUUACCUGUUUGGCCACAGUUCCUCCUAUCGUAGUGUUUCUGGCGAAGGCACCCAUCGUGGAGAAAUAUGAUUUGUCUUCUGUCACCGCCGUGUGGUGCGGGGCAGCUCCUCUCUCCUCGGAUACUAUCAAUCAGGCUAUGAAACGCUUGCGAAACUGCAGGGCUAUAUUCCAAGCAUAUGGUAUGACUGAGACUUCACUGGCGGCUACAAAGGACCUUGACGAUGAGAAUAUUGCGAAAAAACCUGGAAGUGGCGGCUAUCUUCUUCACGGUGUAAAGGCCAAAGUUGUAGAUAUAGAAACUCGCAAAAGACUGGGUCCUAAUGAAAACGGAGAGAUAUGUCUGAAAGGACCAAUCAUCAUGAAAGGCUAUGCUGGAGACGAAGCUGCCACUCGCUCCAUUUUCGAUGAUGAGGGCUACAUGAAGACGGGUGACAUCGGCUACUACGACAAAGAUGGAUGCUUUUUCAUUGUCGACAGACUUAAAGAGCUGAUAAAAUAUAAGGGAUAUCAGGUAGCCCCUGCGGCGGUGGAGAGCACGGUGCUGACGCACAGCGGCGUGGCGGAGUGCGGCGUGGUGGGCGCGCCCGACGAGGCGGCUGGCGAGCUCGCCACCGCCUUCGUGGUCAAGAAGCCCGGAGCCACCCUCACUGAGAACGAAUUACUCGAAUUCACGAAUGCACGUUUAUCUCCUGUGUCGCGGCUGCACGGUGGAGUGAUAUUCGUCGACGACAUUCCGAAGAACCCAUCUGGCAAGAUCAUGCGCAGAGCACUGAAGCAGAAACUAUUGCAGAGAAAUAAAAGUAAAUUGUAAAUAAUGUUUACCUACACAUUAUCUAAUUUAGGUUGUAAACUGAUAGUGGUUUUUGGUUCACAUGUUUUAUUCUCAAAGUAAAAAUAUUAAAGCGUU